AUGGAUGAGUCCAUGAUGGAAGACUCGGUCUUCGAGGAUGACGGAGGCAGCUCUGACUUUGCUCCCGAGCCCGCACCGAAACCCAAAGCCAAAGCGGCUCCUAAGAAAGCUGCUGCCGCCAAACCUGCCGCCAAAAAGACCACACAGACUACAUUGAAGGCCAAGCCUGCUGCGAAACCAGCCGCUAAGAAGAAGGCCAAGGCCGACAGCGAGGACGAACUGUCCGAUAUUCAUAUGUCCGAUGCUGAUUCUCUGCUUUCCCACACCCCUCCUAAGGCUAAGAAAGCGGCUGCACCCAAGAGAGCCGGCUCAAAGCCUCUUGCGGAUGUCGAAAAUGAGUCCCACGGAGGAGACGCUGCUGCUGACAGCGCGAGCAAGAGUGGAAAUGCAUCAGAGAAGUACCAGAAACUCACCCAACUUGAACACAUUAUCAAACGUCCCGAUACCUACAUUGGAUCCACCGAACGCACCACGCAGCAGAUGUGGGUGUACAACUCCGGAACCGAGUCGAUGGAGUACCGCGAUGUAUCUUUCGUCCCUGGUCUCUACAAGAUCUUUGACGAAAUUGUAGUCAACGCCGCCGAUAACAAGCACAACGACAAGAACAUGAACGAGAUGCGGAUCACAAUUGACCGCGAGGCAGGUGAAAUUAGCGUGUGGAAUAACGGACGUGGUAUCCCUAUCGAGAUUCACUCCAAAGAGAAGAUCUAUGUGCCCGAACUUAUAUUCGGCCAUUUGCUCACUUCUUCCAACUAUGAUGAUAGCCAGCAGAAGGUGACUGGAGGUCGCAACGGUUUCGGUGCCAAGCUUUGUAACGUUUUCUCAACAGAGUUCAAUCUCGAAACUCAGGACUCUCGCCAAAAGAAGAAGUAUAAGCAAACCUGGACCGAGAACAUGACGAAGAUGGGCAAGGCGAAGAUCACAGACGCCAAGGGAGAUGACUACACCAAGGUCACUUUCAAGCCAGACUUUGCCAAAUUCGGCAUGGAAGGCAUCGACGAUGACUUCGAAGCCCUGGUGAAGCGCAGAGUCUACGACUUGGCGGGUACCGCCGAUGUUGCCGUCAAAUUAAACGGCACACGCGUCCCCAUUCGCAAUUUCCGAAAGUACAUGGAAAUGUACACCAAAGCCAUUCGCAAGGAGCGCGGUGAUGACGGUCCUCCCUCAAAGGAUGAAAUUAUUACAUGCAGCCCCGAUCCUCGAUGGGAAAUUGGUUUCGCUGUUUCGGAUGGUUCGUUCCAACAAGUCUCAUUUGUCAACUCGAUCGCAACAACCUCGGGCGGAACACAUGUCAAUUACAUCGCCGAUCAGAUCUGUACCCGCUUGGCCGACCAGGUGAAGAAGAAGAACAAGUCUGGAGCAACUCUGAAGUCGGCACAGAUUCGGAACCACAUCUUCAUUUUUGUAAAGGCAUUGAUUGUCAACCCGGCCUUCACCUCCCAGACUAAGGAACAGUUGACGACAAAGGCCAGUCAGUUCGGUAGCAAGUGUCCUCUUGAUGAGGAUUUCUAUAAGAAGGUCUUGAAGACCGAGAAGGGUGAUACCGGCCGACGCACGCGUAUGAACAACCCGAAGUUGGUCGACGCCAACAAAGCUGGCACCAGAGAGGGUCACCACUGCACUCUCAUUUUGACUGAGGGUGAAUCAGCCAAGGGAUUGGCCAUGGCAGGCAGAGCAGUCGUUGGACCAGACUUGUUUGGUGUUUUCCCCUUGCGCGGAAAACUUCUUAAUGUCCGCGAUGCUUCUUUUGACCAAAUUUCGAAGAACGUGGAAAUUCAAAGCAUCAAGAACUUCAUUGGUUUGCAGCACAAGAAGGAGUACACCGAGACCAAGGGACUUCGAUAUGGCCAUCUCAUGAUCAUGACUGAUCAGGAUCACGACGGUAGUCACAUCAAGGGUUUGCUCAUCAAUUUCCUUCAAGCACAGUUCCCCAGCUUGCUCAAGAUUCCCGAGUUCCUCAUUGAGUUCAUCACUCCUAUCAUCAAAGUUUGGAAGGGUGACCCGAAAAACCCGACUAAGCAGAAGUCGUUCUUCACCAUGCCCGAGCAUGAUGAAUGGCGUGAAGCCCACAAACACGAACGCGGCUGGGAACAUAAGUACUACAAGGGUUUGGGAACUAGCACCACGGAAGAUGCACAGGUAUAUUUCCGCGACCUUGAUCGUCAUCUCAAGGAGUUCCACACUAUGCAAGAGGGUGAAGCUGGACUCAUCGAGCUGGCUUUCUCCAAAAAGAAGGCAGAUGAGCGUAAAGAGUGGCUUCGUCAAUACAAACCUGGCACAUAUCUGGACCAUUCAGUGGCGAAGAUCACAUACACCGACUUCAUCAACAAGGAGCUCAUCUUGUUCAGUAUGGCGGAUAACCAACGUUCAAUUCCUUCCGUUGUCGAUGGUUUGAAGCCAGGUCAACGCAAGGUGCUUCACACCUGUUUCCGCCGCAACCUGAAGAAGGAUAUGAAGGUGGUCGAGCUGGCAGGUCAUGUAUCCGGAAUGACAGCCUACCACCACGGUGAUGUCUCCCUUCAGCAGACUAUCGUUGGUCUUGCCCAGACCUUUGUUGGCUCCAACAAUCUCAACUGCUUGGAGCCUAGUGGAAACUUUGGUAGUCGACUUCAAGGUGGUAACGAUUGUGCCAGUGCUCGUUACAUCUACACUCGCCUGUCCCCCUUUGCACGCAAGGUUUUCCAUGCGGCCGAUGAACCAUUGCUCACGUACAAUGAAGACGAUGGCAAGAAGAUUGAGCCCGAGGUCUUUGUGCCUGUCGUCCCGAUGAUUUUGAUCAACGGCGCGGAUGGUAUCGGAACUGGUUGGAGUUCUUCUAUCCCAAACUACAAUCCUGAGGAUAUUGUGAACAACCUCAAGCGCCUCAUGGCUGGCGAGCCUACUCAGCCGAUGCAGCCUUGGUUCCGUGGGUUCACUGGUGAGGUUGUGGCCAUUGGUGGGGAUCGAUACAAAUUUAGCGGUAUUAUCAGGGAAUGUGGCGAGAAGGAGGUCGAGAUCACCGAAUUGCCUAUUCGAAGCUGGACACAGGAUUUCAAGGACAAGCUGGAGGAAAUCAUUAAGGCUGAGAAGGUGCCAUCCUUCAUCAAGGAUUACAGGGACUACAACACUCACACCAAGGUCCACUUCAUCAUCCAACUCGAUGAGAAACACAUGAAGGUUGCUCUUACCGAAGGCUUGGAAGAAAAGUUCAAACUGACCAAGACGAUUGCAACAACCAAUCUGGUGGCGUUCGAUCCCGAGGGCCGCAUCACCAAGUACGCCACUGUCGAUGACAUUCUGAAGGAGUUCUUUGUCGUUCGUCUUAAAUAUUACGAGCGACGCAAGCAGUUCCAGCUUUCCGAUCUACAGAGAGAGCUGGAGAAGCUGAGCAACCAAGCUCGCUUCGUACAGAUGAUUAUCGAUGGCAAAUUGGUCAUCUCCAAGAAGAAAAAGCCUGUUCUAAUCACUGAGCUCAAGGACAAGGGCUUCAGACCAAUUGCCAAGGUAGCUGAGGCGGCCAAGAUGGGUGAAGUUGAGCCUGUGGUAGAAGAAGGAGAAGGAGAAGAGGAGCCGGAUGAGGCUGACGCUGAAGUGCUAUCCAGUUCAUUCGACUACCUUCUGGGUAUGCCUAUGUGGUCGCUGACCCAAGAGCGGGUGGAGAAGCUCCGUCGCCAGAUCGGUGAGAAGGAAACAGAGGUCGAUGUGUUGAUUAAGCUGUCCAAAGAGGACAUCUGGACCCACGAUCUGGAGGAGUUCAUCAAUGAGUGGCGCUUCCAGCUUGAGGAUGAGGAUCGUCGAGCCCGCAAGGUGGCUAGACUGGACCGUCGCACAUCGACCAAGCUACCCACAGGUGGUGGUCGCGCCGUGGCUUCGCGCAAGCGUAAGGCUGCUAACGGCGAUGAUCCAGACGAUGAAGACUUCGGGGGCCCCAAGACGAAGAAGGCCGCCGCGGCCAAGAAAAAAGAGCAGCCCAAAAACAGCCUGAUGAAUUUCCUCAAUCAAUCUUCGAACAAACCAACCCCAUCGCCUGCAGCAGAUGGAACUGCUGACUCGGAUGACGAAUUCAACAUGGACAUGGAGAUACUUCCAAAGAAGAGCCGUGCUACCUCAAAGCCUAAGACUCUGCCUAAAGAAGAGGACGACUUUGUAGAUAUCGAUGACAUUCCCAAAACUUCGCGCGCAUCAGCUCAGCCAGCUGAUGACACUAUGGAUGUGGAUGUGGAUGAGGCGCCAAAGCCCAAACCAGCGGCCAAGGCAGCAGCCAAACCGGUGGCUAAACGAGGACCUAAGCCCAAGGCCAAGGUCGAAGAGGACUCGGAUGACGAUUUCUUAGAGAUUGCCAAGUCCGAGGCUUCCAAGCCCGCAGCGUCUUCUCGCGCUCGCAAGCCUGUCAAGUACUCAGCGCCUAGCGAUUCUGACAGUGACAACGGUGAUGAUCUUCUUGGAGACGUUAGCAUGAUGGUCAAAGGCAUUGGGGCUGACUCCGGCGCCGAUUCUCGACAACUCUUCUCGGAGCGCCCCCGUUCGGAAAGCAGUGCCAGCGUGAAGACUGCCGCGAAGUCUUCCAAGGUCAACGACGAUUUUGAUCCGGAUGAGACUGACUACAGCAAGCUCAUUCCUCAAAACUCCCCACGGCGCUCCAUCCAGGUCAAGCCCAAGGAAGUCAAGCUUGACGACAACGAUGAGGACGACGAGGACCAGCCCGUCAAGCCAACUGCUCGAACCAAGGCUGCCCCCAAAGCCAAGGCUGCGCCAAAGGCUGCUCCUAAGGUCGUAGAGGUUGACGAUGAUGAGGAGGAGGAGGAUGAGCCAGUCAAGCCAACUGCUCGGGGUAAGGCCGCACCCAAAGCCAAGGCUGCCCCGAAGGCCGCUGCCACCACGGCGCCAAAGGCCCGUGGUCGCCCCAAGAAAGAGCCAGCUCCCAAGCCCGCCCCCAAGUCUGCUCCCCCGGCUUUGUCCCCAGCGGCCAAGGCCUAUGCUUCGAAGCAAGCCAAGGCAAGCAAGAAGAUUGCGGAUGAUUAUUCGGAGGAUGACAUCGACGCAAUGGCUAACGACAUUUUGGAUUCCCCAGCGGGCAAAGUGAAUGUGGAUAUUUCGGAGGACGAGGAAGAGCCCGCUCCCGCCCCCCGUCGUGUCGCUGCAGCCCGUCCUGCUCGUCGCGGUGCCACACAGCUGAAGAAGUCCUAUGUCAUUGAGGAUGAGAGCGACGAAGAAGCGUCAGCCGAUGACUUUGACGAGGACGAAGAUGAGAGUGACUAA